ACGAGGAGGAGCAGCAGCAGCAGCAGCAGGAGGAGGAGGAGGAGGAGGAGGAGGUGGAGCAGGAGCCGCGGGCCCGUGGCUCGGUCGCCGCGCUGCCGGGAGCGGAGGGUGGCCGCGCCGCGCCCCGCCAUGCCGCUCUUCGCCACCAACCCCUUCGACCAGGAUGUGGAGAAAGCAACCAGUGAGAUGAACACUGCGGAGGACUGGGGCCUCAUUUUAGACAUUUGUGAUAAAGUUGGGCAGUCGCGCACAGGGCCUAAGGAUUGUCUCCGUUCUAUUAUGAAGAGAGUGAACCAUAAAGAUCCCCAUGUUGCUAUGCAGGCGUUAACACUUCUAGGAGCGUGUGUAUCAAACUGUGGUAAAAUCUUUCAUUUAGAAGUCUGUUCAAGAGAUUUUGCCAGUGAAGUAAGCAAUGUGUUGAAUAAGGGUCAUCCAAAAGUUUGUGAAAAGCUGAAAGCCCUUAUGGUGGAAUGGACUGAUGAAUUCAAGAAUGACCCGCAGCUUAGUUUAAUAUCUGCUAUGAUAAAAAAUCUUAAAGAGCAAGGAGUUACCUUCCCAGCUAUUGGUUCACAGGCUGCUGAACAGGCAAAAGCAAGUCCAGCACUAGUUGCCAAAGAUCCUGGUGCAGUAGCUAACAAAAAGGAAGAGGAGGAUUUAGCUAAAGCUAUUGAACUGUCACUAAAAGAACAAAGGCAACAGCAAACAACACUUUCCAGCUUGUAUCCAAGCACCUCAAGUCUUUUAACAAAUCACAAACACGAGGGCCGAAAGGUUCGUGCAAUCUAUGAUUUUGAGGCUGCUGAAGACAACGAAUUAACCUUUAAAGCUGGAGAACUUAUAACUAUCCUUGAUGACAGUGAUCCAAAUUGGUGGAAGGGUGAAACUCAUCAGGGUAUAGGAUUGUUUCCAUCUAAUUUUGUAACAGCUGAUCUUUCUGCUGAGCCAGAAAUGAUGAAAACCGAGAAGAAAACAGUGCAGUUCAGUGAUGAAGUUCAAGUAGAGACAAUAGAACCUGAGCCCGAACCAGUUUAUAUUGAUGAAGAUAAAAUGGACCAACUCUUGCAGAUGUUACAAAGUGCAGAUCCAUCUGAUGACCAACCUGACCUUCCAGAAUUGCUUCAUCUUGAGGCAAUGUGCCACCAGAUGGGACCCCUCAUAGAUGAAAAGUUGGAAGAUAUAGACAGGAAACACUCAGAACUCUCAGAGCUCAAUGUUAAAGCAAUGGAGGCCCUUUCUUUGUAUAACAAGUUGAUGAAUGAGGACCCAAUGUAUUCGAUGUAUGCAAAGCUACAAAAUCAACAGUAUUACAUGCCGUCAUCAGGCGUUUCUGGUUCUCAGGUUUAUCCGGGGCAACCUCAAGGUAAUGCAUAUUUGGUGGCAGGCAGUGCACAGAUGGGCCAUAUUCAAGGCUAUAAUCUUCCUCCUGAACAACUCUCCUCCCUCAGCCAAGGCACAGUUACUCCAUCUGCCAGCUCGGUACUGCCUGGCCAGCCUGCACAAACGUCUUAUACAAAUGCAAUGGUUGGCUCUGUUGCUGGAAACACUUACUCUAACCAAGCUUCAGUGUACAGUCCACCACCUGCUACUGUUGAUGUUGCUGCUUAUCAGAAUGCUGGAACUAAUAUGUCCCAGGUGCCAAACUAUAACUUAGCUUCUACGUCUCUGCCACAGACAACAGGCAGUCAACAAGCCCCUCCACAACAGCCACAGCCUCCGCCACCUCAACAGCCACAGCAUACUUAUUCACAGAAGGCUCUGCUAUAGGAUCCAGGACUUCGGAUUCCUCAUCUUUAAUCUCUGCUAAAGGCAGUUGACAAUGCUUUGAGUUUCUUCCUUUAAUCUCUUAAACUUUGUUUAUCCCCAGCUUAAUAAGAAUCUAUCUUGGUGAACAAGUUCAAUUUGCACUGACUUUUUAGGAUUUUUUUUUUAAUUUUGCAGAGGAACAGAUAUAUUUAGGACAUAUAAUUCCUUUUAAAAUGCCUAAAAAUUGGUACAAGAUUAUUUAUGUCUGGUAAAAUUGGCUAGUCUGUGAAAGCUCAACACUUGCAAACUGUUGUGGCAUAUGUUAUGUACAUAUAGUGUGUGAUUGCAGUAGUGGCCAUUUCGUAUAGCUAUGGUGAUCAUGUGAAUAUAUUUAACACAAUGUUAAAAAUAAUUUACAUUACUAUUUUAUUUUAAUCAUGAACUGACAACCAUGUUUCAUAGUUUUAUCUAGUUUUAUGACAGCUGUGAUGUCUUUUUCCAACGCAGGGAAAAUGGUAAUUUUGCGUAUCAUAGUUACACUCACAAGCUAAGGUCUAUAAGCGAAUUUCCAAACUUACUGGGUCUAGGUUUCAUUACUUCUUGAACUGAACACAGAUGUGUCAUGACUAUUAGAUGGCUUUAUCUACCAAAGUUAAUUAGUUAACUAGUAAGUGAUCUGGGAGGAUAACAGCAAAUUAUGAUUCUGUUUCACAUACAACUAAAACUACUAUUCAGAGGCUGCUAAACACAUCAUGGGACCACACAACAGAUUAGGAUUUUGCAUUUUAUCAUGAGAAGCACAUAAUUUAUUUUUUCAGAGUUUUUUUUUUUUUUUUUUUUUUUACAAUGAGAACAGGAACUGUAUUCUAUAUGUGUUGGUAGAGAGUACACCAAAGACAGAGAAAUUGAGUUGGAGGAGAAAUGAUGGAGUUGUAAACUGGAACACACAACGUGAAUAACACUACUAUAUUCAAGUCCUCUUAAUUAGAGAAUUAAUGGAGAAUGAUGGACUUUUAAAUCUCUUUGCUGAACAAACUUUCAGGGCUUUAUUUUUAUCUCUUGUGGCCUUGCUUAGCAAUUUGUUCUGUUUACUGUUCUAACACAAACACUUCUGCCUUAAACAUCUGUUAAUUUUUCAAUUUCCAGUUGUUCUACCACUUGAGUUUAUUUAGCAGUAUAAAUAGUUCUAUGAGGCCUCUUAAUUUCAUUGACUUUCAGAUUACUUUGAAUUUUCUUUUGCAGCAACUUGCAUUUCUCAGAAACUGAGCCAGGUGGCUCUUUAAGGCAUGAUAUUUUCUUUCUACAGCCAAGGUUCUGCAAAACAAAUAUGGUUAUGGAAGGCAGAAUUCUGAUAUGCCUGAUCAGAGUUUCUUGUACAAAGACUGGUGUUACUUUGCAUUUGUAUUCAAUCUACUAAUGCAUCCUUAUUUCCUCUACCUUUUCUGGUGACUCUAAUUCCGGUUAGAGCAAAAGAACUUGUGGCUUCAACAUCAAAGCUGUUUUCUCAGUCUUGUUAGUGUGUAUGCCUUUCUGGCAUUGUUCGCUUUUGUGUACUGUAUUUUAGUGUGAUGCUUCUGGAAUUAAAUGUUGCACUUGCAAUUGUACUGUAAGUUAACCUCAGUUACCCCAUAUACUCCUGCUUUGUCUGCCUACGGUUACCUUACAAGCCUUUGUUUCACUAUUUUAAUAGACAGUGGUGUGUUCUGCCUGAUAAUGUUUUCAGAUGACUAAUUUGCAUAACUCUGUAGCCAGGGUGGUUACAAAACAUGCCCAUACCUGAUGUUUUUCAGUUGGUGAUGUUCUAGCCAGGACAACUGGUUGUUUUGAUUAUUGGUAUUUUCUUUUCCUUUUUUUUCUCCUUUUCCAGAAUUCUUAAGCACACUCACAAACUGUCAGUACAUCAGUACUUGGUGUUACCACGAGAGUCUGUGGAAUUUGAAAGGAAAUGCUACCAAAAAAAACAAUUCCAAGCCAUUCUGUCAUAGAUUGUUUUUAAUAGAUCAGAGAGAUCAGAGGUGGUUUUCUGUAGAAAGGGCAUACAGUAUCAGUUAGGUAGUGUCUUCUGUAUGCUUUAAGUAUUCGAAAGCAGAGAAACAGUGUAUAGAAGUAUAUAAUUUCUACACAAAAGUGAAAAUAACUGUUCCAUUCUUCUAACACUCUGAUUAAAGGAGGAGCUUGAAGCAUCAAAAUAGUCCAGCUGACUUUGACAAUUUGUAUUAGUUUUUCACAUGUUGUAUAAUGAACUGGAAUGGCUCAGCAAAAAUACUUUAUAUUGCUAAUUUGUCAUUUUUUAAAUUUUUCAAUCUUUUUCCCUUAACACAUAGAAAUGCUUGUUCCUGCUUUUUUCUUUGAUCACAGAAAACUUAUACGUAUCUUCAUUUUUUCUGCCUUCCAUCUUACUGAUUUGGGGCAUUUAUCCUUUUUUUUAAAGAAAUUGAAAUCACCUUUUAUUUGUGUUCAUCGUGACCAAAAAACACUUUUGAAAAUGCAAUGCCAUAUAAAUUCAGUAUAAUCUAUAUAUAUAUAUAUAUUUUUUUUUUUCUUCAUGCCUUUAUUAGAGCCACUGCUCUAAAAUAUUUCCUGGAACAAAUCUGUGAAUUUUAGUUGAUUUAAAAUAAGUUUUCGUUGUCCACAGUUGGUGUAGUAGAUCAGUAGAUUUUUGGAUUCAGUCUUAGCAUUUCUAUUGCAUCCUACAUUUUUUUCAUUUCAGAUGCAGUCUUCAGAUUAAAUUGAAUUUGGAGCUAUAUUACUUCAUGUAGAUUUUUUUUUUCAUUUAGCAGAAAGAUUAUUUUGCCUGCUCACUUAGUUGUGUCCUUCACUCUAGUAUUCUUCAGUGAUGCCUCCUCCUGCUUUGCUAGCUGCUGUCAUUGCACUAAUUCCUUCACUCAUCCUCUCAUGUCCUCUCUAACUGAUAAUUCAUCAAUUUCAAUUCACCUUUCUGAUGAUACAGUGUCAUCUACAUGGAGGUGUAGCACCUUACUGGUGCUUCUCUGCUGUGAUUUGUUCUGAAUUUCCUUAUUUAUGCAUUGUUUUGAGCAAGCUCAUGUCUGUUCUGUCUCACUAUGGUAUUGAACACUGAGUAUGGGUGAGGGAGGGAAAGGACAUGUACAGCUACUGUAUGGAAAAACUUCUUAGCAAAGAAGUUAAGCGUCAAGAAGUUAAUCUAAAAGGUAAGAACCGCAGGAAAAGACAUGUCAUUCGUGUUCCAAUAGAACUAAUUUUUUAAUGUCUUGUUUCUUCGCAUGUAAACUGUCAAUGAAAGGCUGAAAUAUUUUCAUGAUAUUUUAUGUAAACGUUUGUAAUUUAAUCCUUUCAUUAAGGAAUACAAAAACAUUAACUUCAGGAGGGGUAUCUUUGUAGUUUGGAUUUCUUGAACAGGAGCGAACUCUGGAAAGUGCCUUCUGCACACUUCACAUCUAUAAACGAAAUUUGUUUACCCAUGUGUAUCAUCUCAGUUUUUGUGGACAUAACAAAGAUGUAAAGAUUUACUGUAAAGCGUCCCGGGAAAAAUACUGAGGCAGGUUGUUUAAGAUUUGGUAUGCUACACUGAUGUCAUGGUAGUAUGUUCAAGAGUGUGCAGUUGCAGUUACAACGUAUUUAUCCACCUGUGCUUAAUAACUGUUACCUGUGUAGAUGUGUAUUUAAUGUCACCAGACAGUCCCUAUACAGCAGUAAAACAACAGUAAAAAGAACAGAACAGAAGAAGUACCGCAUGUUUCUCAACAGGCGUGGAGCAGCAUAUUGAUGGCCCUCAUGGCACCCUGAUUCUUCAUACGUUUUGAGGGGGGAACUAAAAUGGAUUUGAAUAACCAGAACUUCCUAUAAUUCUGUCAGAUUGCAAAUGUUUAGAUACAACAAAGGAGAUAAAUCUGCUUUUAAUAGCAUGUACAUAUUUUGCCAAUCAAAUCUAGGCUGCUAUUGUAGUUCUCUCUGAUAUCAUCUAGAUGGCAGGAACAUCAGAUUUACACUGGAGAACUGCUUAAUACCUCAAUUUCCUUUUUUUUUUUUUUUUUUUUUUUUUUUAGUAUGUUCUAAUAUCACUUACCUUUAUUUUUGCAAUCUCAUUUCAAAGAUUUCUGUGCUGUCUUCACUUUUAAAGGUCAUACUUUAGUCCUUGUCUGCUGGGUUUCACAGACAGAAUGGAAGAGAAUGUCUCUAAUUACAGUGGCUACAAUGGCACUUUGAAUUACAUAACUGCAGUUUCCUGUGGAGAAGGUGCAUCUGUUUUGAAGAACAAGGGAGCGUGAUUUUUCCAUUUAAAAAUCAGGAGGAGUCUUUCAAAAAAAAAAAUCUACAAAAAUCUCCAUUGCUAACAGCAGGCAGAAUCAUUUUUUACUCUGUUAUUCAAUUUUAGUAAAGCUGACCAUCUUCACACUACAGAUCCUCCUUUCUCAGUUCUGGCUGUGAUGAAGAAUAUUUACUUUAAUACUAUCCAACAGCAUAGUAAAACCUUGGAAGGCCUUGAAAUUUGAACUUUUUGCUUCCAUAAAAACACUACGUAAGUUUUUUGCAGCCUCGUUUCCUAAAUUAGGAUGUUUGUAAUUAAAAACAUUCCAUUUGCUACUAUGUAUAAUCGCAGACCUCAUUCAAUUUUCAUGCUGCCACCUUAGCAAAAAGGUGGUAAGAGUUUUUGUUCUUCUCCCUUGCAUGUGCUUCUGGAAACCCAAAUCUUUUCUUUCUUUGUCACAAAAAAGAAAAGAAGCCUGCUGCAGUCUGUUCUGGUUGUAAUGAAGUGUACACAGUAGCAAAGUGCAUUUUUGGUUUUGUUUGGUUUGAUGCUCCCUUUGAUGUUGGCAUAUGUAUAUAUUUAGAUAUACUGCACUGUUGUACAAGAAUUGUUUUAGUAAAUAACACUAUUUGUAAAAACUGUUAA